AUGUCGGUGCCCGAACAACAACAGCCACUCGACACCGUCGCCGAAGAGCAGUCAGCUCAAGAAACUCCUCAGAUCGAGAACAGAGAGGAAGCACAAGCAAAUCUCGCCAGACUACAAGCUGCCGCAACCAAGGAAUACUCGCUCAAGAACUAUGCCGCUGCCUCGGAAUUCUACUCGCAAGCCUCAGAGCUGCAGGAGCAGCUGAACGGUGAAAUGUCGCUGGAUAACGCCGAUCUGCUCUACCAAUACGGUCGCUGUUUGUACCACCUGGCUGUCAGCAAGAGCGACGUACUAGGAAACAAAGUCGCUGGCAGUGGAGAGCCUCAGAAGAAGAAGCGCAAGACAAAGUCGAGUGCUGCCAGCAACGAUGCGCUCAAGGACGGCGACCAGAAGAUGGCAGAGGAGGUUGUCGAGGCUGUCGUGGACGAGAAGGAUAGCAGCGCUACAAACAAGGAAAAAGAAACUGCGAACAAGCCCUUCUUCCAAAUCACCGGCGAUGAGAACUGGACAGACAGCGAAGACGAAGGUGACGAUGCUGAAGAGGAUGGCGAGGAAGAGGAAGAAGAUGAUGACUUUGCUAUCGCAUAUGAGAUCCUGGACAUUGCACGCGUCCUUCUCACCCGCAAGCUUGAAACGACACCACAGCACCUCGACGGUAAAGGCAAGGGGAAGGAAACACUGGUCGAGAACCCUGAAGCACGACAAGUCAUGGACCGUCUGGCAGACACGCACGACCUCCAAGCUGAACUGUCCAUGGAGAACGAGAACUUCCCUGAAGCCGUCGCCGAAGGUCGCUCAGCACUCGAGCUGAAGCAGAAGCUGUACCCUCUAGAGUCUAGCCUUCUCGCAGAAGCACAUUUCAAGCUGGCACUUGCCAUGGAAUUUGCCUCGGUGACUACAACAAAUGCAGAGGCAGUGGAGCAGGGUGCUCAGAAAGAAGAAACUGUUGAUGAAGAUUUGCGCAAGGAAGCAGUUACACACAUGGAGUCAGCCAUCGAGUCUUGCCGCCUACGAGUCGAGAAGGAAGAAUCCACUCUGUCAUCCCACCCGGCCGACAAGCAAGAAGCAAAGAAGAAGGAGAUCAAGGACGUCAAGGAAAUGAUGUCCGAGAUGGAGCAACGCGUAAGUUCAGCAUCACAAAUAUGUGUCACACCACAACUAACAUCUGUUACANNGCUCAUCGAUCUCAAGACACCCGUCGGCGCUGCGGAGAACCCUCUGCGUGGUAUUCUGGGCGGUAUGCUAGGUGAAACCCCUGCCGACCAAAAACAGCGCAUCGCAGAAGCAACAGCAAACGCCAACGACCUCAGCGGUCUGAUCAAGAAGAAGAAGCCUGCCGCCGCCGCUGCCGCUUCAGCAAGCAAGAGAAAGCUAGAAGACGAGACUCAGGAAGCAACAAGCAAGAAGGCAAAGGUGGAAGACGAAGUAACCAAGGAGGCUUAG